AUGUCUUAUUACUUCGCGAUAGUUGGUACCAAGGACAACCCGAUCUAUGAGUUAGAAUUUGGUACUUCGGGAACAAAGGUUGGUAGCUUUGACAUCACCUCGAAGAAAGACGAGCAUAGACACCUGAAUCAGUUCAUUGUUCAUUCCGCAUUGGAUCUCGUCGAGGAAUUGCAAUGGAACACCAAUGCGAU